GUAUGGGGUAGCCUGGUCCCGACGAUCGGAUAUAUCAUCUGAUGCACCAGGAAAUAUCCGGCCUUGUGAUCGCCGAUCUCAGUCGGAGCCGUGGUUUUGUGGGCUGAUUUUGCCCCCCGCAUUUCAAGUCCCACAGCCGGCGCGGGGUCUUAAUAUAAUUAUAUCGGUGGUAUCCCUCUCGAAACGCGCGGGCCAGCAAAGUCUUGCAUCUCACAUCGUAGUUGGUUCGAUCAGUGUUAUAAGGUCAAGAUGCUGCUGAACGAAAGUCAUACCGACGUGCAAACGACCGUGGAUGGGAAGGAGACGUCGAUGAGAAUUUUCACAUUCCAUCCCACCAUCCCGCAAUAUCCUGAUGCUCGAUUUCCUGGCGUCGUGCUAUUCAGCGAGAUCUAUCAAGUCACGGGCCCAGUAGCGCGAUUCGCGCGUCAAAUCGCAGGUCAGGGCUAUAUUGUUGCCGCUCCAUCGUCGUAUCACGACUUCACUGGUCCCGAAGCCCUAGCCUACGAUGGCCCGGGAACGGACCAGGGGAACGAAUGGAAGGUGAAGAAGACUCUUCAAUCAUAUGACGAGGACUCUCACAAGGCGGUUGAUUACCUCCUCAGUCUUCCUACGUGUACGGGCAGGAUAGGCAGUACUGGAAUGUGUCUGGGUGGCCAUCUUUCUCUACGAGCUAGUCUUGAUCCGCGGAUAAGCGCAACCGUCGCGUACUUUGCUACCGAUGUGCACUCCCGUACGUUGGGACCUCAUUCGGGGGCCAACUUGUCAGUCGAGGGCCCAGCGAACAGUAACCACACAAUCGACAGGCUCGGCGAAAUCAAGGGCGAGGUAGCCAUGAUUUUCGGCAUCAAGGACACCCACGUUCCGGACGAGGGCCGCGACUUGAUUCGACACAAGCUGAGGAGCUCUGGAACAGUCUUUAGUUUCUACGAGUUCGCGUGGGCGCAGCACGCCUUCAUCCGCGAUGAACUGAGCAAGGGUCGCUAUGAUCCAGCCAUCACGAAGAUAUGCUUCGAGGUGUUGCUGGAACUGUUCGGCCGAGUGCUAAAGUCGGACCUGGGACAGAGGGAUAACAAGCCCGAGAAGAUUGAGCACGUUUGUUGAUGAGUCUCUGACGUCGGCAGUCUAUAUCAGGAAAACCGAAAACAACCUCCGGGGGUAUUAAUUAGUUAUAUAUUCGCUCAUUAUCUUAGGUAUCAAAACUGCAUAUUAUGUAUACCGACUCAAUCCCUGAAAAAAUGGAGGCAAGGCAGGCAUACGUAGAUCAAAAUAUGUAACCCUACUUGGAGGCUACUUGAUAUUUCAACAGGCCAGAAACGGCCUCUAGGAAUGCCUUACCAAAUAUAAUGGACGUUGGACUCGUCCGCAUUUUGUUGGUUGAAAAUGAGGCAUGUAGACAUUCGAAACGUUUUCGGAAUAUGUAGUCGUCGGUUGGGGGCCG